AUGGUUGACAAGGGGAAGAGAGGGGCAGGGACGGUUGGAGACAGAUACUCAACUAAGAACGAUAGAUGGGCGAUAGCUAAGUAAAUGGAGGGCUGUGAGAUCUCACAUGUGAGCUCCUUCUCAUGUUCUUUCUAGAAUGCAUCACUCCAAUGGCCACUUCCUGGGUUCUGAACAGGCAGUUCAGAUGGGGAUGUUUUAGAGAAUGGUGUCCUUACAAAUUACAACAGAAGUUUGAAUGGAGCAUCUGACAGGAAGUUCCAGGCCAGCAGUCACUUUAUAUUAGUAAUCUAUCCCCGGACAAGAGGAAAAUGCCAAAAGGAUGAGAUUAGGAAUAUAAUCCAGCCUUGCACCCACCCAAACCACUGCCUUUGUGUAUCAUUUUAGGAUCAUAACUGAUCUAACUUUAGUAAAUGGUAUAUCCACUUGUUCACCAGAUGUGUGUAUUUGUGGGUGUGUGUCUGUGUGUGUGUGUGUGUGUGUGUGUGGGGGGGGGGGGGGGGACAGCUGUUCUUGAUUUAAUCUGAGAUUAGCAUGAGAUAUCACAGCUGUGAUGCAUUCACAAGGGCCACUAAAGGAAUCAGGAGAGGACAGGGAGGCUGCCAGUUUGGGUUGCUAGUCUAGACAGAUGUAUCUUAGAGCACAAACAAGUAAACACCUCACAGACACACAGCCAGGCAAAUUGAAGUAUUUAGGCGCAUAUACAUACCGCACAUGCUUAAAAAUUGGCUUAGUCGUGAUAUGAGCAGUACGAUAGACACUAGCUCUUAAACUACAAGGCAAAUAACAUGUAUCAGGGGAGCAGAACUAUUCUUCAAUCAAUGGAUAUUACAGUGUUGUACUACAGUAAUGUAAAACUCUCAGACUAUGGUAACAGCAGUGUCACCACAACAGUCUGCUGAGUCACGGUUAAUAGAUGAGGAGUCAAGCCUUCUCUAUAAACAACACACCAGUCCAAUGGCAGCCUCUCUCUCUCUCUCUCUCUCUCUCUCUCUCUCUCUCUCUCUCUCUCUCUCUCUCGCUCUCUCUCUCUCGCACUCUGUCUCUCUCGCUCUCUCUCUCUCUCUCUCUCUCUUAGAGGCAAAGAUUGCUUGUGUGUGUGUGUGUGUCUGUGUGUGUCUGUGUCUCUGUGUGUGUGUGUGCGUGUGUGUGUGUGUGGUCAUAUGUUUGUGUGUGUGUAUGUGUUUGUGCAUGUGUGACAAAGUGAUUAGAGGUAAUAUAUUUGCCAGGUAGCAGGCAGGCAGUCGAGGCUGGUGAGCAGAAGGGUGGUUAUUUAAUUAAAACCACUGAGAGAUUAGUCCUGUCCUGCCCUCCUGGGACCCACAACACACACACACACGCGCGUGACUGACCAGCCAUGCUGUCCCCAAUCUAGCUAGCCCAGUACUACUGCCAUCAUACAGCUUAUAGUGUCGCCAAACCCUGGACUCAGAGCCCUUGAGCCCCCUUGGGCCAACACCAACACCACCACAAAACAGUUGCCUAUAUAUUGUGUAAAGAUGAGGAGUAGAUGAGUAGGGAGUAUGAUAAAAGACAAAGAGGAGGGAGAAAAGGGCAGCGUUUGACGGCGACAUUGUCAAGCCAGUAAGCGAGAGAGAGAGCAAGGGAGAAGGAGGCAGAGAGAGAAACAUAGUCUAUUGAGCUGCUGCAGCAUUACUCUGCUGCAUUACAGAGAGAGAGACAGAGAGAGAGAGAAGGCGAUGGAGGGAGGGAUAUAUUGUGAUGCUGAAGAGGGAAGUGUGCGUGCGUGCAAGUGUUUGUGUGUACCGUAUGUCUGUGCCUGUGCAUUCCUAGAAACAGGGAAGGGAGAUUACCAGGAAAGGCUAAAUUCAAAUAGUACAAAAUAGGGAGCUUAGAUUGUUUUGCAGGUACCCCUCGCUCAUUUUCCUUCUGCUUCCCUCAGUCAGUUCCCUCUCUUUGCUGAAGUGUGAUUGAUGCUAGUGUCUGUCAUUCUCAACCUCUGUCAUUCUCAGCCACAGCGGCCCAGUAAAAAUAACAAUCUGUCAAGAUCAGACAGUGGAUUGGAUGGGUGUAAACUAUAUGCCAAUAGCUCCAACUAGCCCUCUAGGUGGAAUUCAUACCAUAUUGAUUACACAAUCCAGAUUACAGGGUUAGAUUUCAGAUGCUAUAUCAAAAUGAUCGAGUCUAUUUGGACUGAAGUGGCUAGAGGCUAGAGGCUAGGGACUAGGUGUUAGGGGCUAGGGGGUAGGAGCUAGGGGCUAGGGGGUAGGAGCUAGUGGGUAGGAGCUAGGGUCUAGGAGCUAGGGGGUAGGAGCUAGGGUCUAGGGGGUAGGAGCUAGGGGGUAGGAGCUAGGGGGUAGGAGCUAGGGGGUAGGAGCUAGGGUCUAGGGGGUAGGAGCUAGGUGGUAGGGGGUAGGAGCUAGGGGCUAGGGGGUAGGAGCUAGGGGGUAGGGGGUAGGAGCUAGGGGCUAGGGGCUAGGGGGUAGGAGCUAGGCGCUGGGGUUUAUUUCGGAUGGGAUAUUCAUAAAGAUUUAUCUACACUAAUUGAAAUGAAGUGAAAGAAUCAGCACUAAUGUGGUAAUUGCCCCAGUUAAUCGGUGCAAUUAAUAAUCUGUUGAAUUGUUAAUUGUUUUCCUAAGCAAGUUGCUUUAAAAUAGCUGUUCGAUCACAGCCAAGGACAAACUAAAGGCAACUUUUUUUCAGUCAAUAUCUUGUCAUUUGAGGAUGCAUUGCCAUUCACUGCACAGCAAAUUGUCAUUUGAUCUGCAACAAAUUAUACUGAACAAAAAUAUAAACGCAACAUGCAACAAUUCUACUGAGUUACAGUUCAUAUAAGGAAAUCAGUCCAUUAAAAUAAAUAAAUUAGGCCCUAAUCUAUGGAUUUCACAUUACUGGGCAGGGGUGCAGCCAUUAUGGGAGUUUUGGAGCAGUGGCUUCUUCAUUGCUGAGCGGCCUUUCAGGUUAUGUCGAUAUAGGACUCGUUUUACUAUGGAUAUAGAUACUUUUGUACCUGUUUCCUCCAGCAUCUUCACAAGGUCAUUUGCUGUUGUUCUGGGAUUGAUUUAAACUUUUCGCACCAAAGUACUGUCACGAUCGUUUACGGAUGAGACGGACCAAGGCGCAGCGUGAUAAGCGUACAUAUUUAUUAAAGUACUGAACACGAACAAAACAACAAACAAACGAUACAAGAAGUCCAAGGUAGACUAAUAACAUACCUAUACGGAACAAGAUCCCACACCGACUAGUGCCAAACAGGCUGCCUAAGUAUGGUCCCCAAUCAGAGACAAUGAGAUACAGCUGCCUCUGAUUGGGAACCACCCUGGCCAACAUAGAUCUAAAUGAUCUAGCACAUAAACAUAGAAAAUACAACACAGACACUACACACCCUGGCUCAACAUUUCAGAGUCCCCAGAGCCAGGGCGUGACAAGUACGUUCAUCUCUAGGAGACAGAACGCUUCUCCUUCCUGAGCGGCAUGACGGCUGCGUGCUCCCAUGGUGUUUAUGCUUGCAAACUAUUGUUUGUACAGAUGAACGUGGUACCUUCAGGCGUUUGAAAAUUGCUCCCAAGGAUGAACCAGACUUGUGGAGGUCUACAAUUGUUAUUCUGAGGUCAUGGCUGAUUUCUUUAGAUUUUCCAAUGAUGUCAAGCAAAGAGGCACUGAGUUUGAAGGAAGGCCUUGAAAUACAUCCAAAGGUACACCUCCAAUUGACUCAAAUGAUGUCAAUUAGCCUAUCAGAAGUUUCUAAAGCCAUGACAUAAUUGUCUGGAAUUUUCCAAGCUGUUUAAAGGCACAUUCAACUUAGUGUAUGUAAACCUUUGACCCACUGGAAUUGUGAUACAGUGAAUUAUAAGUGAAAUAAUCUGUCUGUAAACAAUUGUUGGAAAAAUUACUUGUGUCAUGCACAAAGUAGAUGUCCUAACCGACUUUCCACAACUAUAGUUUGUUAACAAGAAAUUUGUGGAGUGGUUGAAAAACGAGUUUUAAUGACUCCAACCUAACUGUACGCAAACUUCCGACUUCAACUGUAAGAAACAUGAAUUUCGGAUCAUUUGUUUUGAAAUGUCUCUCAGGUUGAUGAGAAAAUGUCCAGACUGAUGUUGUUGAUACACUAAAAGGUAAAUUUUCCAGAAAGUACAUCUUUCAAUCUGUCUAGUAGGAGUAUUUCUCAUCCAUUUUCACCUAAUGCUGCUCACACAUUAUGUUGUUUGAAACUUUACUUUCAGAUAAUUGAGAGUGGUCAGUAGUAUGGUCAGUAGUUGUGGUCAGUAGUUGGGUGGUUUAUUAGUUGUGGUCAGUAGUUGUGUGGUUUUGGUCGGUAGUUGUGCGGUUGUGGUCAGUAAUUAUGGUCAUUAGUUGUGGUCAGUAGUUGUGUGGUUGUGGUCAGUAGUUGUGUGGUUGUGAUCUGUAGUUGUUUGGUUGUGGUCAGUAGUUGUGUCGUUGUGGUCAGUAGUUGUGUGGUUGUGGUCAGUAGUUGCGUGGUUGUGGUCAAUAGUUGUGAUCAGUAGUUGUGUGGUUCUGGUCAGAAGUUGUGUGGUUGUGGUCAGUAGUUGUGCGGUUCAGUAAUUGUGUGGUCACUAGUUGUGUGGUUGUGGUCAGUGGUUCUGUGGUUGUGGUCAGUAGUUGUGGUCAGUGAUUGUGGUCAGUAGUUUUGGUCAGGAGUUGUGGUCAGUAGUUGUGUGGUUGUGGUCAGUAGUUGUGGUCAGGAGUUGUGUGCAGAAGUUGUGGUCAGUAGUUGUGGUCAGUAUUUAUGGUCUGUAGUUGUGGUGUUGUGGUAAGUAGUUGUGUGGUCAGUAGCUGUGUGGUUUUGGUCAGUAAUUGUGCACAGUAGUUGUGGUCAGUGGUUCUGUGGUCGUGGUCAGUAGUUGUGGUCAGUGAUUGUGGUCAGUAGUUUUGGUCAGGAGUUGUGGUCAGUAGUUGUGUGGUUCAGUAGUUGGUAGUUGUGUUGUUGUGGUCAGUAGUUGUAGUCAGUAGUUGUGGUCAGUAGUGGUCAGUAGUUUUAGUCAGUAGUCAUGGUCAGUGGUGGUCAGUAGUUGUGGUCAGUAAUUGUGUGGUUGUGGCCAGUAGUUGAAUGAUUGUGGUCAGUAGUUGUGGUCUGUAGUUGUGGUCAGGAAUUGUGUUCAGUAUUUGUGGUUAGUAGUUCUGGUCAGUAGUUAUGGUCUAUAGUUGUGGUCAGUAGUUGUAGUCAGUAGUUAUGUUAGUAGUGGUCAGUAGUUGUGGUCAGUAGUUGUGUGGUUGUGGUCAGUAGUUGUGGUCAGGAAAGGUGUUCAGUAGUUGUGGUCAGUAGUUGUAGUCAGUAGUUAUGGUUAGUAGUGGUCAGUAGUUGUGGUCAAUAGUUGUGCGGUUGUGGUCAGUGUCUAAACUACAGUUGUUGCGUGUGAAAACUGAAAGACGUGCGAUGAGAAGUGAUCGGGUGAAAUAUGAAGUGAGUGAACAGAGACAGCUUCGCUCUAUCCAAUCAGAGCAGCAGGAUCAACGUACAGCCCGCCCUUCUCUUUACAGACAGGCAAAUUAGCCAGUUGAGUUAUUUAUAGCACGGGGCGCGAUCCUUAGAAGGGGGACAAAGCUAGUGAGCAUUAGAGAUCUUCUCUGUAUCAUUCCAGGUCGUCCAGACCGGGGAAGAGUAGAAAUCUUAGUGCUAGCUGUUCGGUCCAAAACAGAUUCACAAAUCAUGGGAAUUUGUCUCGCUAUGAAGAUGCUGUCUCCCUCCGAGGCAUGUGUUGCUAGGCAACAGUUGGCUUGGCAGGCAUGCUCCCUCCAUGGCUAAAGCCAGUGUGAGAAACAUGCUAGCAAACGUUUGUGCUAUGAAACUAAAUAAAUACUGCACUCUGACCCACACAACUUCUUUGCUAGAUUCAUGAUAGUGUUGUUAGACAAAGCAAGGAGAGUGAACUUCAAAAUGUUUCAAAAUGGAAUUUGCAGCUGUUGUUGGUGAGUAAUGAAUCUGUUAGCUUCUGACAUUGCUUACUGCAUCUUUAAUGAAAGCAGUCAAUGGGUUACUAAAACAGCUCUUCCUAUUGAUUGGUAAAAGCUAUUCCUGGUCUGCGUUCAGUUUUCAAAAGCAGAGAGGUAGAGGAAGAUUUCAUAUGCUCUAAGUUUUUGACUGACUUGUUGGGGGAGUGAUCAAAACGCAGGUUGUUUGGAAAAAAAAUUGCUAAUACAGUUACUAAAACAGCUGUAUUGUUAGAUUGGUAACAUAUAAAUCUGUUCCAAUUUCAGAUUUGAAUAGCAGGGAAGUAGACCAAGAUGUCGUACCCUCUAUAUUUUAGUUGGCAAAGUGGUCAAAGUAGCUGAUUUGUGUCAAAAGUAGCAUUGCUGCAUUUACAGUGGAUGGAAUGUUGAAAGUGAUGGGGUCCUUUAGCAUAUUGAGGAAAUCCCUUGAAAGUGGAUGGAGGAAAAAAAAAAAAGACAACAGGUUUUAUAGUUUAAAAAGUAUAAAAUAUAUUAAAAGGUUGUUUACAAGCAACUCAGCCCAGACCCGUCUGAAUGUUUUAAAGUUUGAAUGACAUUUCUAGCUUAAAUGGUAUAAGGGUGUGCUAAAGAAAAAAAAGUAUAUUGAAGAUUUAAAGUGGGGACUCCUUAACUAGCUAAAACAAGCCACCUGUGUUCAUGCUUCUAGUCAUUGUUGCUAGCUAUCAGACUGAUAACAAUACACAUCCUUUUGCAUGUUUGUCGUGGCGUUGCCAACCCACUAGCCUGGGUACCAGUCUGUUUCUGCUAACAUUCCACUCCUUGCAUCUCAUUUGCCAUGUUUGGAGUGGAAUGUUAGCAGAAACAGACUGGUACCCAGGCUACCAACCCACCUGUCUACUGGCAAUUAUCAUCACAUUACUGUGUGAUAACGUUUACAUAUACAGUGGGGAGAACAAGUAUUCGAUACACUGCCGAUUCUGCAGGUUUUCCUGCUUACAAAUUAUGUAGAGGUCUUUAAUUUUUAUCAUAGAUACACUUCAACUGUGAGAGACGGAAUCUAAAACAAAAAUCCAGAAAAUCACAUUGUAUGAUUUUUAAGUAAUUAAUUUGCAUUUUAUUGCAUGACAUAAGUAUUUGAUACGUCAGAAAAGCAGAACUUAAUAUUUGGUGCAGAAAUCUUUGUUUGCAAUUACAGAGAUCAUAUGUUUCCUGUAGGUCUUGACCAGGUUUGCAUACACUGCAGCAGGGAUUUUGGCCCACUCCUCCAUACAGACCUUCUCCAGAUCCUUCAGGUUUCGGGGCUGUCACUGGGCAAUACGGACUUUCAGCUCCCUCCAAAUAUUUUCUAUUGGGUUCAGGUCUGGAGACUGGCUAGGCUACUCCAGGACCUUGAGAUGCUUCUUACGGAGCCACUCCUUAGUUGCCCUGGCUGUGUGUUUCGGGUCAUUGUCAUGCUGGAAGACCCAGCCACGACCCAUCUUCAAUGCUCUUACUGAGGGAAGGAGGUUGUUGGCCAAGAUCUCGCGAUACAUGGCCCCAUCCAUCCUCCCCUCAAUACGGUGCAGUCAUCCUGUCCCCUUUGCAGAAAAGCAUCCCCAAAGAAUGAUGUUUCCACCUCCAUGCUUCACGGUUGGGAUGGUGUUCUUGGGGUUGUACUCAUCCUUCUUCUUCUCCAAACACGGCGAGUGGAGUUUAGUCCAAAGAGCUCUAUUUUUGUCUCAUCAGACCACAUGAUUUUCUCCCAUUCCUCCUCUGGAUCAUCCAGAUGGUCAUUGGCAAACUUCAGACGGGCUUGGACAUGCGCUGGCUUGAGCAGGGGGACCUUGCGUGCGCUGCAAGGUUUUUUAUCCAUGACAGCGUAGUGUGUUACUAAUGGUUUUCUUUGAGACUGUGGUCCCAGCUCUCUUCAGGUCAUUGACCAGGUCCUGCCGUGUAGUUCUGGGCUGAUCCCUCACCUUUCUCAUGAUCAUUGAUGCCCCACAAGGUGAGAUCUUGCAUGGAGCCCCAGACCGAGGGGGAUUGACCGUCAUCUUGAACUUCUUCCAUUUUCUAAUAAUUGCGCCAACAGUUGUUGCCUUCUCACCAAGCUGCUUGCCUAUUGUCCUGUAGCCCAUCCCAGCCUUGUGCAGGUCUACAAUUUUAUCCCUGAUGUCCUUACACAGCUCUCUGGUCUUGGCCAUUGUGGAGAGGUUGGAGUCUGUUUGAUUGAGUGUGUUUGCAGGUGUCUUUUAUAGAGGUAACGAGUUCAAACAGGUGCAGUUAAUACAGGUAAUGAGUGGAGAACAGGCAGGUCUGUGAGAGCCGGAAUUCUUACUGGUUGGUAGGUGAUCAAAUACUUAUGUCAUGCAAUAAAAUGCAAAUUAAUUACUUAAAAAUCAUACAAUGUGAUUUUCUGGAUUUUUGUUUUAGAUUACGUCUCUCACAGUUGAAGUGUACCUACAAUAAAAAUUACAGACCUCUACAUGCUUUGUAAGUAGGAAAACCUGCAAAAUCAGCAGUGUAUCAAAUACUUGUUCUCCCCACUGUAUAUAUAUAUUUUUUUUAAUGUUUUGUCAUUUAGCAGACGCUCUUAUCCAGAGUAACUUACAGUUAGUGCAUACAUUAUUUUUUUCAUACUGGCCCCCCAUGGGAAUCGAACCCACAACCCUGGCAUGGCAAACGCCAUGCUCUACCAACUGAGCUACAUCCCUGCCGGCCAUUCCCUCCCCUACGCUGGGCCAAUUGUGCGCCGCCCCAUGGGUCUCCCGGUCGCGGCCAGCUACGACAGAGCCUGUUCUGCCUGCGGUUACGAAACCCCUACCUGUCCCAGACCCGCUGUUUUCAACUCUUAAUGAUCGGCUAUGAAAAGCCAACUGAGAGACCUGAGCCCUAGGACCAUACGUCGGGACUACCGGCCGUGGUGACUCCUUGCUGUCCCCAGUCCGCCUGGCCUUGCUGCUAUUCCAGUUUCAAUUGUUCUGCCUGCGGUUAUGGAACCCCUACCUGUCCCAGACCUGCUGUUUUCAACUCUUAAUGAUCGACUAUGAAAAGCCAACUGAGAUUUAUUCCUGAUUAUUAUUUGACCAUGCUUGUCACUUAUGAAUAUUUUUGAACAUCUUGGCAUGGUUCUGUUAUAAUCUCCACCCGGCACAGCCAGAAGAGGACUGGCCACCCCUCAUAGCCUGGUUCCUCUCUAGGUUUCUUCCUAGGUUUUGGCCUUUCUAGGGAGUUUUUCCUAGCCACCGUGCUUCUACACCUGCAUUACUAGCUGUUUGGGGUUUUAGGCUGGGUUUCUGUACAGCACUUCGAGAUAUUAGCUGAUGUAAGAAGGGCUAUAUAAAAUAAAAUUGAUUGAUUGAUUGAUUGUCUUAGACCACUGCGCCACUCGGGAGACAUACUGUAGUAUUGGCCAAGUACAAACACAUUAUUUUCAUUGAUUCAUCAUUUCAUUUAUUUUAAAAGGGCAAUGUUUCAUUUCAUUUUCACUUUAUGCUUAUGGUAAGGCAGGGGCUGGGCUAGGCAGAGCUGAGGUAAUUAGCAGAUGGGAUUGCUUGGUUCUCCUGAUUUGAUCUAUUGCCAUGUUGUGCAAGGCUGGAGGGACUGCAGUACUAUAGUCUUCAGUCAUUUACCGUCCCAAAAACACACUUACUCGUACCAGGGUUGUUUACAGGCCCAUACACUCGGCACACACACUCACUAUCUCUUUCCCAGAAUGAAAUAUUGAGAUGGGACGAGAGGAUUUAAAAAUAGCCCCUGUGCAGUCCUCACAGCGCUGAUGCCAAGCUACAUGGUGAGAAUACCACCGCCCGUCGUGCUGCAGCAUGCUGCACUGCAUAGCCCACAGGACCAGACAGAAAACAACCUGCCUUUUCUCUCUGUCUCUCUUUCCUCCGGCUCUCUGUCUAUCUUUCGCUCUUUCCUCCUCCACUCUCUAUCUCUCUCUUUGUCUUCCCCUCUCUCUCUGUCCCUCCUCAUUCUGCUCACUCCCACACACAUGUAUGUUUGUGUGUAUAUAUACAGUAUGUAUGUAUGUAUGUGUGUAUAUAUACAGUAUGUAUGUAUGUGUGUAUACAUUGGGGGAAAAAAGUAUUUAGUCAGCCACCAAAGUUCUCCCACUUAAAAAGAUGAGAGAGGCCUGUACUUUUCAUCAUAGGUACACGUCAACUAUGACAGACAAAAUUAGAAUUUUUUUCUCCAGAAAAUCACAUUGUAGGAUGUUUAAUGAAUUUAUUUGCAAAUUAUGGUGGAAAAUAAGUAUUUGGUCAAAAACAAAAGUUUCUCAAUACUUUGUUAUAUACCCUUUGUUGGCAAUGACACAGGUCAAACGUUUUCUGUAAGUCUUCACAAGGUUUUCACACACUGUUGCUGGUAUUUUGGCCCAUUCCUCCAUGCAGAUCUCCUCUAGAGCAGUGAUGUUUUGGGGCUGUCGCUGGGCAACACGGACUUUCAACUCCCUCCAAAGAUUUUCUAUGGGGUUGAGAUCUGGAGACUGGCUAGGCCACUCCAGGACCUUGAAAUGCUUCUUACGAAGCCACUCCUUCGUUGCCCGGGCGGUGUGUUUGGGAUCAUUGUCAUGCUGAAAGACCCAGCCACGUUUCAUCUUCAAUGCCCUUGCUGAUGGAAGGAGGUUUUCACUCAAAAUCUCACGAUACAUGGCCCCAUUCAUUCUUUCCUUUACACGGAUCAGUCGUCCUGGUCCCUUUGCAGAAAAACAGCCCCAAAGCAUGAUGUUUCCACCCCCAUGCUUCACAGUAGGUAUGGUGUUCUUUGGAUGCAACUGAGCAUUCUUUGUCCUCCAAACACGACGAGUUGAGUUUUUACCAAAAAGUUAUAUUUUGGUUUCAUCUGACCAUCAUCCAAAUGCACUCUAGCAAACUUCAGACGGGCCUGGACAUGUACUGGCUUAAGCAGGGGGACACGUCUGGCACUGCAGGAUUUGAGUCCCUGGCGGCGUAGUGUGUUACUGAUGGUAGGCUUUGUUACUUUGGUCCCAGCUCUCUGCAGGUCAUUCACUAGGUCCCCCCGUGUGGUUCUGGGAUUUUUGCUCACCGUUCUUGUGAUCAUUUUGACCCCACGGGGUGAGAUCUUGCGUGGAGCCCCAGAUCGAGGGAGAUUAUCAGUGGUCUUGUAUGUCUUCCAUUUCCUAAUAAUUGCUCCCACAGUUGAUUUCUUCAAACCAAGCUGCUUACCUAUUGCAGAUUCAGUCUUCCCAGCCUGGUGCAGGUCUACAAUUUUGUUUCUGAUGUCCUUUGACAGCUCUUUGGUCUUGGCCAUAGUGGAGUUUGGAGUGUGACUGUUUGAGGUUGUGGACAGGUGUCUUUUAUACUGAUAACAAGUUCAAACAGGUGCCAUUAAUACAGGUAACGAGUGGAGGACAGAGGAGCCUCUUAAAGAAGAAGUUGCAGGUCUGUGAGAGCCAGAAAUCUUGCUUGUUUGUAGGUGACCAAAUACUUAUUUUCCACCAUAAUUUGCAAAUAAAUUCAUAAAAAAUCCUACAAUGUGAUUUUCUGGAUUUUUUUUCUCAAUUUGUCUGUCAUAGUUGACGUGUACCUAUGAUGAAAAUUACAGGCCGCUCUCAUAUUUUUAAGUGGGAGAACUUGCACAAUUGGUGGCUGACUAAAUACUUUUUUUCCCCACUGUACAUACAGUAUGUAUGUAUGUAUAUUAUUUUACUGCUCUAGGGAUAUAAUUAUUGUUAUAACCUUAUUUACUAUUAUGUAUAGACUUUUACUGUAAUCUUUUUUCACUCUUUAUGCGAUGUGCAAUGCAGAGAACACCGUAAGAAGAAUUGUCAUUGAAUUACCACAGUGAAUUAUUGUAGUGUUUAUUUAUGUGUCAAUUUAUCCCAUAAGGCAUGGGUUGCCAAUUGGCAAUUUGACACAAAAAUAAAAUGUCAUUCAUUUUCAUUAAUUCAUUCCAUCCAUUCCCUGACUCUAUGUCUCUUUUUGAUUUCCCUGUCUUUCACAGCCUCCCUUGAAAACAUAUUUCAAUAGGCUACUUGAUUUGUAUGCAGUAGAAUGCAAAGGACUCAAUUAUUUUGGAGAUCACGCAGAUGCUUUGACUAGGGAGGCAUUAUGACUUAUGAUGGACACACUCAAACACACACACACACACACACACACACACACACACACACACACACACACACACACACACACACACACACACACACACACACACACACACACACACACACACACACACACACACACACAGAAACACACCAGUGUGUCAUGUUAAACAGGUCUAUAUUGGCCUAGGUUGACCAGCCAGGUCACCCGUGAUACAACUCAGUGUUUGACGUCCAUCCAUGUCUGAGGAUGUCAGGCGAUGACAUGGAAACUGGCCACUAGGGGCAACAGUGAGCGCUGUUACCUUCCAGUAGGUGGGUGUAAGCAUCUGCCUCUGAUUCCAAAGGUUGCAAUUUGAAAUCCAGCAAUAGAAAGUUAUUUUUGUUUUAAGCCUAUCCCAAACCUUAACCCUUACCUUAACCAUUUGGAGUUAAUGCCUAACCUUAAGAUUUCGGAGUUAAUACCUAAACUUAACCAUAAACACUUCAAAAUUUGACAUUUGCAACAACUAAUCUAAUUCUGACAUGAGAAUGUGAGAGCUAGUUGAGGUUGACUGUGUGUGUGUGUGUUGUGCCCCUGAUGAUAGUAACAGCCAUUUAACAGCCAGGCCGCUAUAUAAAUAGCCGGAGAUAAGAGAAGAACAGUCAUGUAGGCUACUGCUGCUGGUGAAAAACAAAUGAUGUCCUCACACUCCCCUUCUUCAUUCUCUCAUUCUCUCUCUCUCGCUCUCUCUCUCUCUCUCUCUCUCUCUCUCUCUCUCUCUCUCUCUCUCUCUCUCUCUCUCUCUCUCUCUCUCUCUCUCUCUCUCUCUCACUCUCUCUCUCACUCUCUCCCUCCUUCCCUCCUCCGUCCCCUUCCAGGGGUAUGGUGUGCUUCAGCGCUGGAGGUUUCAGUGGGGAAGGUGCCCUUCAUGGAGGCAAUGAACGGCAGCACGGUGCUGUUACCCUGCACCUACUCCAGCUGCAUUGGCAUCAAGAACCUCUACUUCAACUGGCACUACAACGACAACGGCACCAUGAUGAAGGCAAGACACUGACUGAGAGGAGUUAUCUCCGUCACUAACACCCCCUCAAUGAGCAAUGUGACAUCCCACUCAUAUCUAAACAUCUCUCCCCUCACCCCUGUUCUCCACCUCUUUCCCCCUCUCCCUCUCCCUCUCCCUCUCCCUCUCCCUCUCCCUCUCCCUCUCCCUCUCCCUCUCCCUCUCCCUCUCCCUCUCCCUCUCCCUCUCCAGCUGUGUGAGGCAGUGAUACCUAUAGAAGGUAUGGAACCACGGGUGCAGGUGUACCACGAGCGGAUAGAGUUUGUGGGCAGCAGUAAGCACAACAACAUCUCCAUCCUGCUGUUCAACGUGACCUUCGAGGAUGAGGGAGAGUACACCUGUUUCGCGCGGAACCCCAAGGAGAAGAAUCGCAACCAUAGCGCCAUCUUCACCCUGUUUGUGGUGGAUGAGUGUAAGACGCUGCACACUCCCUGAAUGCAUACGACAUACUCAUUGAUUACAUUUUCAUACCUUAGGUAUAGGCCACCCAGUCACCAGUCUUUUUGAUGCCUUCAAGUGGAAGUAUGGGCAAAUAUCUGAUUCAUUUGUUAUGUAACUAAGUUCCACAUUGUAUAAUAGCUGAAGAAUACCCUGAUAUCAGUUCCAUGGUCAAGUGUUAUGUUGCAACAUUAUUUAUUUAUUGUCCAACCGAAUGUGUUGAUUGUGGUGUAUACACAGUAUACACUACAAUCAAUUCCUUGGAGGUAAAAGCUAUAUGGAAAUGUAUCAUAUCUCCUCAAGAGCGGAUCAAUCCAUCUUCCAGCGCUGUGGUUGUGAGACUGACCACACCUUCUCUUUCCUCCCCUCCUUGAAUCUUUACAGAUACACCUUUGACAUAAUGUCAAAGAUCUGCAUCAAAUUACUUCUUCAUAUUCUCCUAGAACGUACACCUGACUAUCAUUAUAGGGAAACAGCUGAAUACUCAUCUUACAGAACCCUCUCUUCCUCUCACCAUCCCAUUCCUCCCUCCCUUCCACACUCUCUCUUGUCUUAUCCACCUCCUCUCCCCAGUGAAAGUGGUUGACAAUACCGUAACCACCAUCAUCGUGUCUGUCGUGGGCGGAGUCAUUGGCUUGAUCAUCGUUGUCAUGGUGACAAAGACUCUGGUGCUCCUCAUCCUAAAAAAGUCUGCAGAGAAGAAGUAAGAGAUGACAACUCAGUUGUAUAAGUGAUGACAACGCAGUUUUAUAAGUGAUGACAACUCAGUUGUGUAAGUGAUGACAACUCAGGUGUAUAAGUGAUGGCAGAGUAUGCAGUUAGUAUGUAUUAUAUGAGUGUGUGUGGCAAAAAAAAAAUAUAGACAUUUCAGAUACAGAGAUAGCGCACACACACACAGGCUGGGAGCAGCACAGGAUCAGCCACAGAGUGGUGUCCAUUGAGCUGUUUGGGAGUUAAGUGACUUGCUCAAGGGCAUCUGAGAUAUUAAUGCCAGCAACCCUCUGGUUGCCAGCUCACCCCCUUCACAUUUUUCCCGUCAGCGCUGGGAUUCGAACCGACAGCUCUUCGGCUACCGCCUCCCCCCUUUGAACAUUGGUAUGCAUGCCUUUAUCAACAUUUCUUUACCUGCCUUUUGUUCUUCACACUGACUCUGACCUUCUCUCUCUCUCUCUCUCUCUCUCUCUCUCUCUCUCUCUCUCUCUCUCUCUCUCUCUCUCUCUCUCUCUCUCUCUCUCUCUCUCUCUCUCUCUCUCUCUCUCUCUCUCUCUCUCUCUCUCUCUCUCUCUCUCUCUCCUCUCACAGUAAAGAGUGCCUUGUGAGCUCAGGACAGGACAACACAGAAAAUGGACUCAACACAACCAAAGCGGAGAACAAAGCCACACCAAAGGCUUGAAACAUGUGUACCUAUGUAUAUGUACAUAUAUGUCUGCACAUGUAUAUAAAUUGAAGUCGGAAUACACCUCAGCCAAAUACAUUUAAACUCCUGUUUUUCACAAUUCCUGACAUUUAAUACUAGUAAAAAUUCCCUGUCUUAGAUCAGUUAGAAUCACCACUUUAUUUUAAGAAUGCGAAAUGUCCGAAUAAUAGUAGAGAGAAUGAUUUAAUUCAGCUUUUAUUUCUUUCAUCACAUUCCCAGUGGGUCAGAAGUUUACAUACACUCAAUUAGUAUUUGAUAGCAUUGCCUUUAAAUUGUUUAACUUAGGUCAAACGUUUCGGGUAGCCUUCCACAAGCUUCCCACAAUAAGUUGGGUGAAUUUUGGCCCAUUCCUCCUGACAGAGCUGGUGUAACUGAGUCAGGUUUGUAGGCCUCCUUGCUCCCACACGCUUUUUCAGUUCUGCCCACACAUUUUCUAUAGGAUUGAGGUCAGGGCUUUGUGAUGGCCACUCCAAUACCUUGACUUUGUUGUCCUUAAGCCAUUUUGCCACAACUUUGGAAGUAUGCUUGGGGUCAUUGUCCAUUUGGAAGACCCAUUUGCGACCAAGCUUUAACUUCCUGACUGAUGUCUUGAGAUGUUGCUUCAAUAUAUCCACAUAAUUGUCCUUCCUCAUGAUGCCAUCGAUUUUGUGUAGUGCACCAGUCCCUCCUGCAGCAAAGUACCCCCAGAGCAUGAUGCUGCCACCCCUGUGUGUCACGGUUGGGAUGGUGUUCUUCGGCUUGCAAGCAACCCCCUUUUUACUCCAAACAUAACAAAGGUCAUUAUGGCCAAACAGUUCUAUUUUUGUUUCAUCAGACCAGAGGACAUUUCUCCAAAAAGUACGAUCUUUGUCCCCAUCUGCAGUUGGAAACCAUAGUCUGGCUUUUUAUGGCGGUUUUGAAGCAGUGGCUUCUUCCUUGCUGAGUGGCCUUUCAGGUUAUGUCGAUAUAGGACUUAUUUUACUGUGGAUAUAGAUACUUUUGUACCUGUUUCCUCCAGCUUCUUUACAAGGUCCUUUGCUGUUGUUCUGGGAUUGAUUUGCACUUUUCGCACCAAAGUAUGUUCAUCUCUAGGAGACAGAAUGCAUCUCCUUCCUAAGCGGUAUGACGUCUGCGUGGUCCCAUGGUGUUUAUACUUGCGUAUUAUUGUUUGUACAGAUGAACAUGGUACCUUCAGGCGUUUGGAAAUUGCUCCCAAGGAUGAACCAGACUUGUGGAGGUCUACCAUUUUUUUUCUGAGGUCUUGGCUGAUUUCUUUAGAUUUUCCCAUGAUGUCAAGCAAAGAGGCACUGAGUUUGAAGGUAGGCCUUGAAAUACAUCUACAGGUACACCUCCAAUUGACUCAAAUGAUGUCAAUUAGCCUAUCAGAAGCUUGUAAAGCCAUGACAUCAUUUUCUGGAAUUUUCCAAGCUGUUUAAAGGCACAGUCAACUUAGUGUAUGUAAACCUUUGACCCACUGUAAUUGUGAUGCAGUGAAUUAUAAGUGAAAUAAUCUGUCUGUAAACAAUUGUUGGAAAAAUGACUUGUGUCAUUCACAAAGUAGAUGUCCUAAAUGACUUGCCAAAACUAUAGUUUGUUAACAAGAAAUUUGUGGAGUGGUUGAAAAAUGAGUUUUAAUGACUCCAACCUAAGUGUAUGUAAACUUCCGACUUCAACUGUAUGUACACAUGCAAAUAUAUUGAACAGACAUCGAAAGAAAGCUAUUAUCAAUGGACUGUUUUAUCUUUAUUUAAUGACAAAAGUAUAACAUAAACCAAUGUGAAAUAAUAUAUAAAUUGUAUAUUUUAAAUUGUGCUUGAGAUUUGGGGAACAAGAUAGGUGAUCAGGGCUGGAUCAGACACACUCCAAUGACACACCCUAAAUAUUGUGUAUCCAGAUUGGGGUUUAUUGAAGUAUUUAUCUAAUCGGCUCAAAGCCUAUUUACGAACAUUUCUGGAAUCAACAUCGACGUCUCACCAGUUACUCAUUCAUUUACACCACAUAAAAACAGCAGGUUGAUGUUUAUUGGGAUGAACAUUGUCUUCGGGGCAGAGCUGAGCGGUUUCCGCUAGAUUUAAGGUUAGGGUUAGGCAUAAGGUUAACAGUGUUAUUAAGGUCAGGGUUAAGGUUAGGUUUAAAACAGAGGAGCCUGGUGGGAGGCGCUGGAGGAGGAUGGGCUCGUUGUAAUGGCUGGAAUGGAAUUAAUGGAAUGGAGUCAAACGUGGUUUCCAUAAGUUUAAUGUGUUUGAUACUUUUCCAUUUAUUCCAUUCCAGUCAUUACAAUGAGCCCGUCCUCCUAUAGAUCUUCCUACUAGCCUCCUCUGGUUUAAAAUCAGAUUUUAUGACUUUGUGGCUAGGCCAGAUAGUGACCACCCUGCAGAGCUGCCUGCAGGACAAGAUUCAUCCCAAUAAAUGCCAACCUGCAUAAAAACACACACACACACACACACAGUAACUCACAGACUGCCAAGUUGUACUAACUGCCAUAUUUUAUGCUCUACAACAGCACAAUAUACUCUGACCAUCUGUACAGCUCUUUUGAUUAAGACACAUAUUUAAGGUAGCCUACUGCCCGAUGGAGAUUCUUUGUACUCUCUGCAAACCUUUUACAGGGAGCAAACAGCUUCCCUCCUUUAACUAGGAAGGUAAUGUUUACAGUCCAUUUUUGACGAAAAGGUUAUUCCUUUAAAGAUGAUGCAGAACAAAUUCCAUACAGUAUCAAUUGUGCCUAUUCAAUAGGAUAUACAGUAACUGAAAGAUGUUUACCACUAUUAUCAACAACUGCUACAGUUCCUGAGGUCAAGACUCUUCAUUAGAUCUGCAAACUGAAUACAAAUACUGUUCUGAAGCUUUGGCAGGCAAAGCAGUGGGCUGGUUAUGAGGACAAUGCCACUGCGGAGGAAUGGAAUGUGAUAAAGGAGAAGCAGAAGGGAGUCAUUGGAGUGUAG